AUGCCAAAGGUGGGGCCCGUUUCCCCCGUGAGGGGGGGGGGCGGGGGGGGGGGAGGGGGGCCUCUGGGAGGUACGGGGAGGACGGGACGCCGGGGCGGGGGGGGAGGGGGCCCUGGAGCAGUAGUCGGGGGGGGGGGGGACAGGGGGGCUCCGGGCGAUGGGGGGGGAGGUGGACGGGGGGCGGGGGGGGGAAACCCCGGCGGGAGGGCGGGGGAGGGGGGGGGUGGCGGCGGGUGGGGGGGGGGGGCGAGGGUGCGCCCGGGGGGGCGGACGUGGGGCGGCUCGGGGGGUCGGGCACACAUCAACGGGGGGGGGGGGGUAGGUGGUGGGACUCUCCGGGGCGACCAGCCGUCGGGGUCGGGGGGGGGGGGGAGCGGGGGCCGCGGGCGUCGGUGGGGCUGGGGCGGGGGGGGGGGGGGGGGUGGUCUACGCACGACCGGGGCAGCGUGGGGGGGUUGGUUGGGGGGGGACGCGGGAGGGGGUGACUCCCCGGGGGGGGGGGGGCAGGGGGGGGGGGCGGGGCGGGGGGCUCACCGGGCGGCGUCGGGGGCGGGGUCGUCGGGGGUCGGGCGGGGGGGCCUUGGGGGGGGGAUCGGGGAGGGUUUAGUCAGGGACCCCGGGUGGGCCGGGGCCUCCAGGGGGGCCGGCCGUGCUCGGCCACCCAGGGCCUUUAGGGGGGGGGGGGGGGGGGGGGGAGGGGCGGGGGGCCCGGGGGCGGGGGGGGGGGGGGGGGCAAGGCGGGGGCUGGCCAACGGGGGGCGCCCAUCCCCACCACCCGAGACAGGGAAGGUGCAUCUUACCGCAAUUCUGUUCUACCGUACCUGUCCCGAUAGCUUGUUGAGUUAA